GGUUGUUGCCACAUCUAUCCAAAUGUUCGCUGCAUAGCUUCAGGGAAAAUAUGUCAAGCAACAGCCGGCAUGAGCGAGAUUAGCACCGCAACUGAUUACAAGCCUGAUGUUGUCAGAAAGGUUCACUUCAUAUCGACCGACGUCCUCUUUAACGACAUUGCCGGGAUCAACCACAAGCUGGCAACCCUGGGAUCCAUGGUCUUGCCAAGUUUGCUAUCCAGGUGGCUCUGCACUUCAAGCUCAACGCCCGCAAGUUGCCAGACAACAUUUACGGAGGCUAUUUGGGCUUUGGUACAUAUCAACACGGC